AUGUCAAUUUUAAUAAGAAGUUUUAGGCCCUUUGGCGUAUAUCGCUUUGCAACAUUUAAACCAACAUCAGAAAUUAUGCAGUCCCCUAGUAAUCCACCGAUUCAUUAUUCAAAUGAUAAAAACGCUUCCGAUAUUGCUGCCCACUAUAUUAAAAGUGGACACGUUAUUGCUCUGCCUACAGAUACAGUUUAUGGCCUAGCGUGCGAUGCAAAUAACGAGAUUGCUAUAAAGAAGCUUUACACGAUAAAAGGACGUGAUUUUCACAAGCCAGUUGCUAUAUGCGUCAGGGACUUGGGUGAUUUAAGGAAGUAUGGACGAGCGGAACAUUUAAGUGAUUCUUUGUUGGAAAAGUUAUUGCCUGGGCCCAUAACCAUCGUCAUAGAGCGUUCCAAACAUUUGAGUAAUCCUUUCCUUAAUCCCAGCACAAGCAAGAUUGGGAUACGCAUUCCAAACUUUAAAUUUAUUCAAGACCUUUGUAACAUCUAUAAUGAGCAACCACUGGCGUUAACUAGUGCAAACAGAUCUUCUGAGAAGAGUAGUUUAAAUAUUAACGAGUUUGAGAGUUUGUGGCCUUCAUUAGGGGGAAUAUUUGAUUGUGGUCAAAUAGGUACCUCUGAAGAAAGAAGAUCUGCCUCAACUGUUGUAGAUUUGUCUACACCAGGGCUUUAUAAAAUAGUUCGUGAAGGCGUUGCUCUAAAAUUUACUCUCGAUGCCUUGAACCAACACGGAUUGAAGUCACUGGAUUCUAUAGGAUAAUGUUGAUAUAAACAUAUAUUUAUUGUACAAUAAGUUAGUCUAAAUAAUGCUAGAAGUGUAAGACAUAAACCAUUUCACAAGUGUGAAAAAAAUGUA